UUGAGGUGAGUGAUUUAUCUCUCGUUAGAAUUGAUUCGUAGUUUAGGGUUCAUUGAUAUAAUUUCGUGCAAUUGAUGUUGAAUUGGUGGAUUGAAUUGUUGAAUCUGUUGAUUGAAUUGGAUGGGGAAUUUGGAUGGUUGCUCUGAACACAGUAAUUUGUUCUAUUCGUCUCUGUUGUUCUUUUCUUCUGUUCAUUGUCUUCCUGCUCUGUUUAUUUCUCGCUGCUUCUCUGUUCUCUUGGAUUGCCGCUAUGUACGUUGUUCGCUGCCCUAGGGUGAUGUUGGCUCUGGGGUUGCCGAAUGCGCCGUUGCACUACCGUGAUGCUGCCGGAAUCUUGCCGCCAUAGCUACUGAUGUUGAGGAUGACGCCGCUGCUUUUAAUGAGUCUCCUCCAUGGUUGCAACGACCUGGGGGAUUACUCUCUUAAAAUUGUAUGCUUAAUUGACUAUUAAAUUGACACUUUAUUGGGGGCAGUGCUUCAGAAGU